AUGUCUGGACUCUGGGUGGAGUUGUUCGUUUUUGAUUGUUUGCCAUUUGAGACUUUGUCAUUUGUUAGCGUCGUCAAAAUUGCUAGAGACGAUACAUGUGGAUGCCAUGCAUGGGAAAACCCUGGGGACUUUUGCAAAGGGUACCCUAUAGCUCGUGCUUUUAAUAGUGAACACCCGCGGUUCCUGCCCCACGACGACGUCAAACACCCGCCGGGUGUUGAUUUCUUCAAUUGUACCUCGUCAGCACCCCCAACCGAUUCUGUAAUGGUGCAUGUCUGGCAGUUCACCGUUUCACCACCAACUCGGGCAUCGGAGAUCCGAGGCGUUGCACGUCGCCUCGCAUGGCGUCUGUUUAUCACAGUAUCCGGUCCACGGCAUCAGUAUACGAGAGGCUUGUUGGGUGUCAAUCAUUGGAUCUUGCUACCAGGUGUCGUCUUUGCUAGUAAAGAACCUCCCAGGAAAUAUGGGCGCCCAUCUAGACCUCCACCAUUUGAGAAAGAUUUGGAGAUGCAGAAGCUUCAAAACGAGCCCAAGAACGACAAGGGACCCUGUCCUCAGGGAGAACAACCAGUAGAACUAACUGAGCCAUCUGAGGUGGACCUGAAGAUGCCAAAGGCUUAUACCAGAGUGAGAGGUGGUUUGUUGUUAUGGGCAUACACUACAUCACUAAUCGGCUUUCAGGACAAGGGACCCUGUCCUCAGGGAGAACAACCAAUAGAACUAACUGAGCCAUCUGAGGUGGACCCGAAGAUGCCAAAGGGUGAGACCCGAAUACUAGGCUUGCAGGACAAGGGACCCCUUCCUCAGAAAGAGUUGCCAGUGGAGGAAUCUAAGGAUUUUGAAAAGUCAAAAUUGUGCCUGUGA